UCCACAGCACUGCCAGAUUCUGCACAAGCUCCAUUUAUUUGCUGCUUCUUGCUUUUUCCCUUCGGUGUUUUAAUUUUUUUUUUUUUUUAACACUGUAUGUUCUAAAGAACUAGCUGCACAAAAGGUCAGUAGCUGAUGACCUUUCAGCUUAGAUUUCAAACGUAGGAGAAAGAUUCAAAAUGCUCUCACUGUGUAUCUAAGAAGGAUGGGGCAGGUUUCAUUUUACACUCUAGCCUCCCUCAAUGCAUGCACGGAUUUAUCUGUACGCUAAGCUCUCUGCUCUGCAUCUGUAGCUCCUUGUGGAUUAUAUUGUCUCUCUGAUCAGAAAUGAUCUUCUCGGAUAUGAACACCGUUUCUGGCUCCCCUAAAGUGCAUCCUCCUAAUGGGACCCGGUUUUAUACUUUUCAAGAAUUUGCUGCUCUGACGAAAGAAUUAAAUGCUUGCAGGGAACAACUUUUAGAAAAGGAAGAAGAGAUUUCUGAACUUAAAGCUGAAAGAAACAACACAAGGCUAUUACUGGAGCAUUUGGAGUGCCUUGUGUCACGACAUGAAAGGUCACUAAGAAUGACGGUGGUGAAGCGACAAGCCCAGUCACCCUCGGGAGUGUCCAGCGAAGUUGAGGUUCUCAAGGCGCUGAAAUCUUUAUUUGAGCACCACAAGGCCUUGGAUGAAAAGGUAAGGGAGCGACUGAGGGUUUCUUUAGAAAGAGUCUCUGCACUGGAAGAAGAACUAGCUGCUGCUAAUCAGGAGAUUGUUGCCUUGCGUGAACAAAAUGUUCAUAUACAAAGAAAAAUGGUAUCAAGUGAGGGAUCCACAGAAUCUGAACAUCUUGAAGGGAUGGAACCUGGCCAGAAAGUCCAUGAAAAGCGAUUGUCCAAUGGUUCUAUAGACUCAACUGAUGAAACAAGUCAAAUAGUUGAACUACAAGAAUUGCUUGAAAAACAAAACUAUGAAAUGGCCCAAAUGAAAGAACGUUUAGCAGCCCUUUCUUCCCGAGUGGGAGAGGUGGAACAGGAAGCUGAGACAGCAAGAAAGGACCUCAUUAAAACAGAGGAAAUGAACACCAAGUAUCAAAGGGACAUUAGGGAGGCUAUGGCACAGAAGGAAGACAUGGAAGAAAGAAUCACGACCCUUGAGAAGCGUUACCUCAGUGCUCAGAGAGAAUCUACCUCCAUCCACGACAUGAACGACAAACUGGAGAAUGAGCUGGCGAAUAAGGAGGCCAUCCUCCGGCAGAUGGAAGAGAAGAAUAGACAGUUACAAGAGCGUCUUGAGCUGGCUGAGCAAAAGUUGCAGCAAACUAUGAGAAAAGCUGAGACCUUACCUGAAGUAGAGGCUGAAUUGGCUCAGAGAAUCGCAGCCUUGACAAAGGCUGAAGAAAGACACGGAAACAUUGAAGAACGGAUGAGGCAUCUCGAAGGUCAACUCGAAGAGAAAAAUCAAGAACUUCAAAGAGCUAGGCAAAGAGAGAAAAUGAAUGAGGAGCACAACAAAAGAUUAUCUGAUACUGUGGACAGACUUCUGACAGAAUCCAAUGAACGCUUACAGCUACAUUUAAAGGAACGGAUGGCUGCUCUAGAAGAGAAGAAUGUUUUAAUUCAAGAAUCAGAAACUUUCAGAAAGAAUCUGGAAGAAUCUUUACAUGAUAAGGAAAGGUUAGCAGAAGAAAUUGAAAAGCUGAGAUCCGAACUUGACCAGUUGAAAAUGAGAACUGGCUCUUUAAUUGAACCCACAAUGUCAAGAACUCAUCUAGACACCUCAGCUGAGCUGCGGUAUUCUGUUGGAUCCCUAGUGGACAGCCAGUCUGAUUACAGAACAACUAAAGUAAUAAGAAGACCAAGGAGAGGCCGCAUGGGUGUGAGGAGAGAUGAGACAAAGGUGAAAUCUCUUGGAGAUCAUGAGUGGAAUAGAACUCAACAAAUUGGAGUGCUAAGCAGCCACCCUUUUGAAAGUGAUACAGAGAUGUCUGACAUUGAUGAUGACGACAGAGAAACAAUCUUCAGCUCAAUGGACCUUCUCUCUCCAAGCGGUCAUUCUGAUGCCCAGACACUGGCCAUGAUGCUUCAGGAACAACUUGAUGCGAUCAACAAGGAAAUCAGACUAAUUCAAGAAGAAAAAGAAUCCACAGAGUUACGUGCUGAAGAAAUUGAGAACAGAGUGGCUAGUGUGAGUCUGGAAGGGCUGAAUUUAGCCCGGGUCCACCCAGGUACCUCCAUCACUGCCUCGGUCACAGCGUCUUCGCUGGCCAGCUCGUCUCCCCCUAGUGGACACUCAACACCAAAGCUCACACCUCGAAGUCCUGCCAGGGAAAUGGAUCGUAUGGGAGUCAUGACACUGCCAAGUGAUCUAAGGAAACAUCGGAGAAAGAUUGCAGUGGUAGAAGAAGAUGGUCGGGAGGAUAAAGCAACAAUUAAAUGUGAAACUUCUCCUCCCCCUACCCCUAGAGCCAUCAGGAUGACUCACACCCUCCCUUCUUCCUACCAUAAUGAUGCCCGAAGUAGUUUAUCUGUCUCCCUCGAGCCUGAAAGCCUUGGGCUUGGCAGUGCCAACAGCAGCCAAGACUCUCUUCACAAAGCCCCCAAGAAGAAAGGAAUCAAGUCUUCAAUAGGACGUUUGUUUGGUAAAAAAGAAAAAGCUCGUCUUGGGCAACUCCGAGGCUUUAUGGAGACCGAAGCUGCAGCUCAGGAGUCCCUGGGGUUAGGCAAACUGGGAACUCAAGCUGAGAAGGAUAGAAGACUGAAGAAAAAGCAUGAACUUCUAGAAGAAGCUCGGAGAAAGGGAUUACCUUUUGCCCAAUGGGAUGGGCCCACUGUAGUCGCAUGGCUAGAGCUCUGGUUGGGAAUGCCUGCUUGGUACGUGGCAGCCUGCAGAGCCAAUGUGAAGAGCGGUGCCAUUAUGUCUGCUUUAUCGGACACUGAGAUCCAGAGAGAAAUUGGAAUCAGCAAUCCUCUACAUCGCUUAAAGCUCCGAUUAGCAAUCCAGGAGAUGGUUUCCCUAACCAGUCCUUCAGCUCCUCCAACAUCCAGAACUCCUUCAGGCAACGUUUGGGUGACCCAUGAAGAAAUGGAAAAUCUUGCCGCUCCAGCAAAAACGAAAGAAUCUGAGGAAGGAAGCUGGGCCCAGACCCUGGCAUAUGGAGAUAUGAACCAUGAGUGGAUUGGAAACGAAUGGCUUCCCAGCCUGGGGUUACCUCAGUACAGAAGUUAUUUUAUGGAAUGCUUGGUAGAUGCAAGAAUGCUAGAUCACCUAACAAAAAAAGAUCUCCGCGUCCAUUUAAAAAUGGUGGAUAGUUUCCAUCGAACAAGUUUACAAUAUGGAAUUAUGUGCUUAAAAAGGUUGAAUUAUGACAGAAAAGAACUAGAAAGAAGACGAGAAGCAAGCCAACAUGAAAUAAAAGAUGUGUUGGUGUGGAGCAAUGAUCGUGUUAUUCGCUGGAUACAAGCAAUUGGACUUCGAGAAUAUGCAAAUAAUAUUCUUGAAAGCGGUGUGCACGGCUCCCUUAUAGCCCUGGAUGAGAACUUUGACUACAGCAGCUUAGCUUUAUUGCUACAGAUUCCAACACAGAACACCCAGGCAAGGCAGAUUCUUGAAAGGGAAUACAAUAACCUCCUGGCUCUGGGAACCGAACGGCGCCUGGAUGAAAGUGAGGACAAGAAUUUCAGGCGUGGGUCAACCUGGAGAAGGCAGUUUCCUCCCCGUGAAGUACAUGGAAUCAGCAUGAUGCCCGGGUCCUCAGAAACACUGCCGGCUGGAUUCAGGUUAACUACAACGUCUGGGCAGUCGAGGAAAAUGACAACGGAUGUUGCUUCAUCAAGACUGCAGAGGUUAGACAACUCCACUGUUCGUACAUACUCAUGUUGACAAGCCACUCAAAGGAGGCAGCACUGACUUGCUGUGAGUAGUUUUCGUUGGCUGACAAAAACAAACUGCCAAAACAAACAAAAAAAAAAAGGAAUCUACAUAGACUAGAAAUAUACAUGAUGCUCUCUUUGGUAGGGCCUAGCAGUACAGAAGUGAAAUAAUAACCCCUUUGAAUUUCUAGAGAGUACAAAGGCCUCUUCAUAAUGUAACUCUUAAUCUAGGAUUUUCUGUCACUCUCUGUCUGCUAUGGUUUAAGACCUCUCUAUUGGAGGCCUGUCACUAUCUUAUUUCACAUCGAUGCGUUGCUACCACCCUGGCUUCUACUUUUUAGGAGCAUUUUAUAUUGAUGCACAUAGCAUUUGAUUGAUGAGAGUUUGGCAUUUACAGAAUAAGACACUAUUAAGUGAGUAUUUUAUAUAGGGGAAGCUGAAAUAGGCAAACAGUAUUCUAGUAGGUAUCCAGAGUCAAAAUAGUAGCAGAGACAGGCAAAUGACAUGGAGGUGAUUUCAUAUUAAAAAACAAAAAUAUAACUGAGAAAAUUGAAUUUCUGGUAUGUUGUUUUUCAUCAAAAUGAUUUAUAUUUGUUGAAAUAUAUAGGAAUUUUAAGUAUAUCAGAUGUACAGCAUAGGAACAAAGUGAAAUAACUUUAUAACAAUGGUGGACAGAAUAGAAAACCGUGCUGUAUAAUCAUUAAGAUAUAAGGUAUUUGUACUUGGAGAAAUACUAGUUGAUGGAACCUACUUCCAAAGUUUCAUUAAAGAACAGUCCUAGUAAAACUGAGUUUUCCUAGAAUAUAAAUGUCAAAGACAUUUUUUAAUCUACAACUCUACUAAAAUAGUCUACCAUGGAUAUGGAUCAAUAUUUUGGGAAAAUAUUUUUUAGGGCAAUAUUUAGAAACAAAUGUGUGCACAGGAAUGGGGAGAGGAACAGCUCAUCUUGUGCUGUUUAUUCAUUGCCUUGAACUAAAAGCUCCACCCGGUUUACUGAUGGUCUUUGGGGCCUAAUAGAGGAGCUGGUACGCUGCCUUAUUUGGGUCACUAUUUGAAGCUGCUGAUGAUAAAACAAAAGCUUUCAGAUAAGAGAUUUAAUUUCAGAAUGUAAAACCCUAACAUUAAAAAUUUCAUUACAGUAUACAAUUAAUAAUUUGGCUAAAUGAGGUUUUCCAAAAUACCAUUUAUAAUAGUUUCUACACAUAAUAUAAUAAUUUACAAGGAACUGAAUACAUCACAGAUUUACAAAUGACUAUUUAAUAUACUGAGUACUGCUUGCUUCUUAGCUCUUAACUGAUGGGUAGAACUACUCUUUAACUAUUUGCAAUCCGUAUUUUGUGCAUGGCAUUCUAGUCCUUAUUUCCUAGCUUUUACCAUUAAAUGGGAUAAACAUAUUUAUUUCCAGUAAAUUAAUCCGGGACACCACUUUCUAUUUUGAGGAACUGUCAGCACUUUUGUCAUUAUGUAAUUCAGAAGAUAUUGGGUUGGCCAAAAAGUUCAUCCUGCUUUUUCCGUAAGAUCUUAUGUAAGUGUAUGUACAUCUGCAUGCACUCAGUCACAUCCGACUUUGUGGUCCCAUAGACUGUAACCUUCCAGGCUCCUCUGUCCCUGGAAUUUUCCGGGCAAGGAUACUGGAGCAGGCUGUCGUUUUCCCCUACUCCAGGGGAAUUUUCGUGACCCAGGGAUCAGGUCCACAUCUCUUCUGUCUCCUGCACUGGCAGGAGUGUUCCUUACCACUAGCGCCACCUAGGAAGCCCCCACAAAACCUUAUGGAUGGAAAAGCCUAAAUGAACUUUUUGGCCAAUCCAAUGUUAAUAUUUUUCUUGUGCUGGGAUAGUAAUUGUGAUCUUUUCCUUAUUAUGACUGGAAAGAAUCUGUGAUGACACAUCACUGACCCAGAUUCUUUAUGUCACUGAUGAUCACUAUAUUUUUGUCACUAUUAAACAACAGUGUCUUUUGAAGACCAUAUAGAAGUUAGACUAGAGAUCUCUUCCAUGGAAUAGGUCAGCUCAGUGUAUUAAUGAGCAAGCCGUACAUUUUUCAAAAAGGACUGCUGACAUUUUCUCUGAAUAUCUUUGUCUUAACUGCCAUACUUUCCAUGAAGUUGAGCACAUCUUAUUUUUGAAGCUUGCCUGCACAAAAUUAGGAGCAAAUAUUAAUUACAUACAGCUAUUGGUUAGCC